AUACGUCUUCGCGGUAUGAGCUCGGAAUCGGACGAUUAUGCAUCGUUCAUGAAAACUUCGGGAUAUUCGAAAACGAUUCCGCAGCCUGAGAGGAUAAAAAGCGAUGUGAUUUAUUGUCGUAUAUGCUUGGGGUCCAGUGACUUUGAGGAACUGAUAAGCCCUUGCUAUUGUGCAGGAACAAUUGGAAUUGUUCAUCAACAGUGUUUAGAGAAGUGGUUAAACUUGUCUCGAUCGAAAGCCUGUGAAAUUUGCGGUUUCACUUUUGAAGUUUUAAAACAUUAUCCCCACUUUUGUAAGUUUUCUCUUCGAUAUCAUCAUCAAUCAUGGAAACUUUGGCGUAAAGAACAGACUUAUAUUGUCUUAUCAGAAACUGUUAAAAGAAAAAAGGUGAUGAACAUAAAAGGUGAUUCACAAAAUCCAAAUUUAAUUAUUCAGAAUAAUAAACAAGAACAAAAUCAACAAUUAAGGAGACUAGAUAUGCCUGAGUCAAAUGAAACAAGUAUGAAACCAAACAAGACCAUAGAUGAUUCUGAACUAGCAAUUAAUACAAUACGGCAACAAUGUUUGAACACUGAAAGCUAUUCUGGACCUAUAUGGAAUAUGAAGUCAGAAAUUUGUGAUGAAAUAACUAAUACUGGAGGGAAUGAUACACCAAUGAUACAUAACAAGUUAAAAACAUUAUCAGCUGAAGAGGUAACGAUCAAGGAAGAUAAUUAUACUGAACAUGUUGUGCAGACAGAACCAAUGUCAUUUAGAAGUUCUUUAUCUGUUUUUAUAGUACCAACAGAAUCCUGUGCAAACGAUACGCUAAAUGAAGCAACAAACUGACAGGAAGUAUAUACACAUUUAAAAAAAAAUUAUCUCACAAAAAAGGUGGCAUUCCUUAUUUUUUAUCAACUAGAUUGUAUAGUAAUAACAAACACCAAGAAAGACUUUACACUAUGUUCAGUCCUAUGAUAAAGAUUUCUGCUUCAUUUUUAUAACUGACUUAAUUUAUAUUUAUUAUUUGUGAUUCAGAUUUCUGUAUAAAUCUUCUAGAUUGAUAGCUGGGAGAAAAUUUAGUAUUUUCCUAAUCAUUGUAUAACUUCACUCUCAAUUUUAACGAUUUUGUUCAAUUACUAAGAAAGGUAACCACUAAUGGAUGACUGAUUUUGAUUAUAACUAAGCGACAAUAAGGAAAAUUGAUAAAGAUAAAAGUUAACAUUGAUUGUGUUGUUGCUCGUAUUGCUUUCCGAUAAACAAAAGCUUAUGUAAUGACAAUCCAAAUAAAACGUAACCAGUCUUUCAGCCAUAAAAACAAUUAAUUUUGAUAGCCAAUGUACAACUGAGUAGAUGUUAUCAUUUGGAAAUUUUGCAAUAUUUUCUUUAAAUAAAAAAGAGUAACAAGCGUAACCUGAUUUCUAAAUGGUUAGCUAAUAUCUUACAACCCUAUAAAAAUCAUAUCAAUAGAUACAACCCUCUUGUUUCCUUUACUUUGUCGACUCAAUUGAAAAUAUUAAUUUAAAUGGUAGGAAAAUUAUCUUAUUGGAUGUCAUUUCUCUUUUUACAAAUGUUUCUCUCACAGAAACUAUAUGUUUUUUGUGUGACUAUAUUGAAAAUAAUAAUAUCCCAAAACAUUAUUCAAAAGAGCUACUUCUACGAUAUACUCUCAACGUGCAAUUUAGAUUUAAUGAUGAUUUUUAUAGACAAACAGAUGUAGUUGCAAUGGAUUCUCGAUUGGGUCCCCUCUCGGCUGAUUGUUUCAUUGCCAAUCUUGAAAAUACGGUACUUUGACCAAUAAAUGAGGAGUUUCAAUUAUAUUAGAGAUAUAUGAACGAUACUUUCAUUAUUUGUGAAGAUAUGGACCUCAAUACAAUUUUAAAUGGUUUCAAUAAUUGUCACCCCUCAAUUCAGUUCACUUUGGAAACAGUGGAAAACAAGGAAUUUCAUUUUCUUGGUAUCCGAUUAAAAAGGAGGCCAGAUGGUUUUCUACAGAGAUCUAUAUAUAGAAGACCAAUCUGAAAUGGGCAGUACAUAAAUUUUCAUAGCUGGGUCCCACUGAGUAAAAAGAGGGACCUUAUUCACUCUUUAUCCUCAAGGAUCAGAAGAAUAUGUUCUACUGACACAAUUGAUGAGGAACUACUCCAACUUCGACAGACUCUCAUUAGAAAUGGUUAUCCACCUAGAUUUGGCGAUAGUAACUUAACAACUAAACAUCAUCCGAAAAAAGUACCAGCAGUACAAAUGAAAACUGUUUUUGUGAAUAUGGAAUUCAAUGGAGAUACGGCUGCUGAAAUCAUAAAUAAACGGAUUUCAAAAUCCUUUAAUAAAACAUUCAACUCAACUAAGCUCCGAAUUAUUUUCUCAAGCCGGCCUUCCAUUCACGGAUGUAUUAAGGAUAAACUCUCGCUUUGGGCCACAUCAAUGUGAUUCUAUAAAUUUACGUGUACAUGUGGAGCAGCUUACACAGAUCAGCUGAUAAUUAUCUGACCUGUAAAUUAUUUUCAUCCUUAGAUUCUUUUCUUACCCCUUGAUUAUUGCGUUACCUCAUUUGAUAACAAGAGUUUCGAAUCACUUUAUGAUGUAAUCUUUUCUAUCCUAUUAUGAACAUAUAUUUUCCAUAUAACUAUAAAUACGAAUGUACAACUUAAGUAAAUUAUUUCGUCGAAAAGAAAACCUUCUUCGCUGAAUUCUCUUUAUUUUUACUCAAUAACAUG